AAGCAGGGGAAGGGAAGGGAAGCUGGAGGAACUGGGAGGGCGCGACCGAGCAGGCGGGGAGCCGCGAGCCCCGGGGGCCGGCCAGCCGCUGCACCCUCCGGCCGCUGCGCCCUCUUGCAAAGCGUGGCCGGGCCCGGAAAGAGCGCAGGCGGCGGCGGCGGCGGCGGGCUGGUGCAAAGCGAGCCUCCCUCCCUCCCCCCACCCACCCCUCGCGCUCUCCCUGCUGCCUCCGCCCGGCUCUCCAUUCAUCGCCCGGGCAGGCGAGGAGCUCAAUGGGCUGAUCCCCGGCCCGGAGCAGCCGCAGCCAGCCGGAGGAGGCGCUGCACCCGCCCAGGCCUCGGCUCCAGCCGCCGCCGCCGCCGCUCGCCUCGCUACCUUCCUCCGGCGCCGGGCAUGAAUAGCUGAAAAGUGGAGCAAGGAAGGGGGGAGGCCGUGUUCUGCGUGGCGGGGGCUGAACUUCUGGCGUCGGUCGCUUGCUUGAGAGACGUCCCGCCAUUAUGAAUGAAGUCGCAAUAGUGAAGGAAGGCUGGCUCCACAAACGUGGAGAGUACAUUAAAACAUGGAGGCCGAGGUAUUUUCUGUUGAAGAACGACGGGACGUUUAUUGGCUACAAAGAGCGACCGCAAGAUGUGGACCAACGGGAGUCCCCGUUAAAUAACUUCUCUGUGGCUCAGUGCCAGUUGAUGAAGACGGAGAGACCCAAACCGAACACAUUUAUCAUCAGAUGCCUCCAGUGGACCACAGUAAUUGAAAGAACGUUUCAUGUGGAGACUCCAGAGGAGCGGGAAGAAUGGACAAAAGCCAUCCAAACAGUCGCAGACAGCCUUAAGAAACAAGAGGAAGAAAUAAUGGAUUUCCGAUCUGGUUCCCCUAGUGAUAAUUCAGGUGCUGAGGAAAUGGAAAUUUCUAUGACAAAACCAAAACAUAAAGUGACCAUGAAUGAAUUUGAAUAUCUUAAGCUGCUGGGAAAAGGCACGUUUGGGAAGGUCAUUCUGGUGAAAGAGAAAGCGACAGGACGGUAUUACGCUAUGAAAAUCCUGAAGAAGGAAGUAAUUGUAGCCAAGGAUGAAGUGGCACACACCCUGACGGAAAACCGUGUUUUACAGAACUCCAGGCACCCUUUCUUAACAGCUUUAAAGUAUUCCUUUCAGACGCACGACCGGUUGUGCUUCGUCAUGGAGUAUGCCAACGGAGGGGAGCUGUUCUUCCACCUAUCGCGAGAGCGUGUCUUUUCUGAAGACCGGGCCCGCUUUUACGGAGCUGAAAUUGUAUCGGCACUGGACUACCUACAUUCAGAGAAGAACGUGGUUUAUAGAGACUUAAAGUUGGAAAACUUGAUGCUGGAUAAAGACGGGCACAUAAAGAUAACGGAUUUCGGGUUAUGCAAAGAAGGGAUCAAAGACGGAGCGACGAUGAAGACGUUCUGUGGCACGCCGGAGUAUCUUGCGCCAGAGGUGCUGGAGGACAAUGACUACGGGCGCGCAGUGGACUGGUGGGGUUUAGGAGUCGUCAUGUACGAAAUGAUGUGCGGGCGGCUCCCGUUCUACAACCAGGACCACGAGAAGCUCUUUGAACUGAUCCUUAUGGAAGAGAUCAGGUUUCCGCGCACGUUGUUGCCAGAAGCGAAAUCUCUUCUAUCGGGCUUGCUAAAGAAGGAUCCUAAGCAAAGGUUAGGUGGUGGACCGGAUGACGCGAAGGAGAUUAUGCAACACAAAUUUUUUGCCGGCAUCGUGUGGCAAGAUGUAUAUGAAAAAAAGUUGGUACCUCCAUUUAAGCCACAGGUGACGUCUGAAACGGACACGCGCUACUUCGAUGAAGAAUUCACAGCACAGAUGAUUACAAUCACCCCUCCAGACCAAGAUGACAGUAUGGAUUGCAUCGACAGUGAGCGACGACCUCAUUUCCCUCAAUUCUCAUAUUCCGCCAGCGGGACAGCUUAACGUUUUGCUCGUCCGCGUGGAGAAAGUGAUUCAACCGCAUUUUUGAGGACAUUUAUUUCAACGACGGACACUAGAGAACUCUCUACAACACAUGAAUUGCAAACUAUGUUUGUACUUGGGUUCAGUUGAAUUUGUAGAAAGCCUUGCAGGUUGUAUAUUUAAAGCAAUCCUGAUGUGAUUUUGAGGCCGAAUCUCCGAUGCAUUUUUUUUGAGACGGAAGACAAGGAUUCAUUCUUUAAAUAGUUGAGUAAAAUGUUGUUAAACAUUAAAAGGAAAAAAAUGCUUUUUCUUUUGGGGAAAAAAAAUGACUUUUCAGGUUUUAAAGAAUAUGCAACCCCAAAACCGUUUGCUUUCUAGGAGUUUGUGGGAUCCAACAUGGCGGCUGCAUUGGCCAUUGCAACAACAAACACAGUUUCUUAUUUAUUUCGCACGGUUCGUCACGUAAGUAGAAAAGCCAAGACAAGAGACGAGACUUAGGGGAUGCAAGAAUGCGGGAGGCAAAAAUGAAGACAGUUCAGAAAUGGCAGCAGGUUCGACUUCCACUUGAAAUUUUGGCUGUUGUAGGAAAUGAAUUAUAGGAACGACACUGAUGACCUCAAUGAGGUGAAAUAAACUGUGCAAAAGAAAACGACAACCCGAAUGCGAGACAUUACAUAUCAAACGGAGCCGAGUGUGAAAUCUGUUCCAUUUCUGGCAUCACACAGGAAAGGUGAUGUGCUGAAUGAUCUUUUGUGUAUACUUUUUUUUUUUUUGGCUAAGAUUGGCCUUGCCAAAUCUUGGCGACCACCCACAGGCAAUUUCUCUUGUACAGGCCAUGUUGAAACCAGGGGGGAAAACGCCGGAGCAUGGCACUGCUUCCUGCCCGCCCGCCCCCCAAAUGCAUUUAUUCAGGCAUGCUUGUUUCAGGGAGUUUUCCCAAGGGCCUGAGACAAAUGAGCCAAUCUCCCAGUUUCAUCUGUAAAUGCUUAUACAGCUGCAAAAAUGUUCUCUGGAAAGUCCCUUUUCUGUGAAAACCACAGAAAGUCCUCCCCCCCCCCCCCCCCCAAGUUACCUUUUAACUGAAUGAAUUAACUGAACGGAGCAGUGGACACAUUUUUGGUGCCGGAGCCAUUUUCCUUCACACAUUUAAAGGGCCCUGGUAGAACAGCAAUAUGCCAGACACGGUGAGGUAGCAGCCAUGCGUUUUCUUCUCUUUUUAAAAUGUACAUUUUGUAAAGGUUAUCGGGGGUGGGGGAGCACUCUGUGUGUUUAGAAGAGACCCCUUUAGCGGCGGUUGGGGUUGUGCGUAAAAAGGAAAAAAGAGUAGGGUGAAAUUUCGUGUGUUCAAGGGAAAGAAGGGUGUUCAAAAUGUGAUUUUUUUAAAAAAAGGAUCUUAGAACUUUUUCACCCUUUUGGUCCGUCCCCCCCCCCCCCACCACCCCCUUAUGGUUUUGUCUUGUAUUUUCGUAAAAAAACACUUCGUUCUUACUCUGCCAAAAACAAUAACAAGAUCAUCUUUGCCAUUGCUGCAGCCAGGGCUUUCUAGUUCCCACUUGAGCUGCAAACGAGUUUAUUCAAUUGUGGCUUUUACGUUCCUUUAGAUCUGCUUUUUUUUGUUUUGUUUUCUCUGUUCUUUUAUCUGUAUAAAGUUGAUUAAAGAAACUGCAGUUCUUUAGCAUUUUUUUUAUUUGAAAGGGAGCAUAUUUAAAAUACCCUCAGACAUUUUCCUCUACAUGAAACCCCGUUAUGUUUUUUGUUUUUUUACAACAUUCAGUUCUAGUAUUUUUACUUAUGAUAUGAAAGUUUCCCUCAAAAUACUUCAAUAAAAUGCGCUUUAACAAGUUA